GAGCGCGCGACAUGCGAGGAGGCUGAACGUAAGAAACGCGAAAAAAACGAGGAGGAUAGGCGUUUACGUGAGAAGCAAGAACAUGAUGAGUUUCAGCGCCAGAUGAAGCUGGAGCUGACAGAAAGCCUUGAUAAGGUUUACAAGGCGAUUGAUGGUCGGAAGUCGAAUGACGGUGAUGAUGUGGCCAAGCUUAAGACCACGGUCAAUGAUAUGCAACGCAGAUUGAAUGGUGGAGUUGCGUCCACCAGUUCGGUGGCUCCUUCUGUGGAGGGUGAGGAGCUUGCUCGAUUGGAUCGCGAACAAGCUGAGAUUAAGACAGCGACAGAGAAGAGGUUGUCUGCGUUAGAGGAUGUUGUGCUGGCUUUGCAACGCAAGUGUGAGGAGGCAGAGGAGAAUGUUGAGAAAUGGAAGUCCGAGGCUCUUCGCCCCGGUAAUAAGCGAGGUAGCAUUGCUGUGGAUCCAACUCCAUCUUCGCAUGCGCGCUUUCGGAUGGAGGUUGAAGCUCUGCAAACGUUGCAGAUUAGUGAAAUGAAUGCUAGGAAGGAAUCUGAAGAAGAGGUUGAGAGGCUCAAAGAGUCGUUGGCGAAGUUGGAUAUGGAGAAAAGGGCUCGGGUGCGUGGCACUAACCUGAAGUCGAAGUUUAAUAAUGCUGCUGUUAGGGAAAAGGAUCCGGAGAACGAUGUUGGACCCUCUGCCAGAAAAUGCAAGGACAAGGUGGUUUCCGGAUCUGCUUCCAAGUCAGUGGACAGGAAAGCGUUCCUUCGUGCGAACCGAUGUGAUCUUCGUGGGAAGAACAAGGAGUUGGUCAUGGGAAUUUGCGAAAAGAGGGGGUUACAUAUACAACUCUUGAGCCGACGAAGGAGGCUGUAGUCCAGGUGAGGGCAGCGAGGGCUUUCCUGUGGCGGGAGUCUGGAGAAAAUUGUUUCUGCUGCUGCAGAACUCCCAAAACAGCCU